AUGAUACGCGCACUAUACGUGAAAUGGGACAACACCCCGGGAAUCGUCUCCUUUGCCACCAAAGCUUCAGACGUUAGCGACAUUCCCUUCCCAGCCAUCACCAUUUGUCCGGAAGUCAAGUCUCAAGUUUCCCGGUUUAACUUUACCGAUGCCUACCACAAGCAUAAAGCUGGCAAGCUGAAUAAGGCAAGCUUGAACACAUUCAUCACCAUGUGGCAGAUUUGCGACCUGGGAGCGGGAAAUGAUCAUGCACCAAGAUUGUACGACAAUCAUUGCAUACGAACUCUGCGUGAUCUGGCUGUUCCCAAGUCAUCUCUGCUUAAGCAGUGUUUAUGGGGACGUCAAACGCUGAACUGUAGCCAGGAGUUCCACACCACUGUUACCGACCAAGGUAUCUGCUAUACCUUCAAUUCUCUCUCGCUUUUACACCUGCUACGAGUCGGCGAAGUUCAUCCGGAUUUCUUAAUCGAUGGUGGGGUAGACAACCCGCCCCGGAGAGCUUCAACUUCUGGAAAGAAAACCAGCUUGGUUGUAGUUCUACAAACUAAUCAGAAUGACCUGGACUACCUCUGUGGGAGUUGCAUUCAAGGCUACAAGGUUCAACUCCACGCCCCCACUGACUACCCAUCCCUUUCGAACUACAUCCAAGUUCCGCUGGAUCAGGAGGUGUCGGUCGAGGUGAUCCCGCACCUUGCUCUGACCACCAACAGUAUUCGUCACUACAGCCCGGACCGUCGAAACUGCUUCUUCCAAGAAGAACGAAAGCUACGAUUUUUCAGCGUGUACAGCCAAGCGAACUGCGAGCUGGAAUGUCUGAGUAACUACACGGUGAAGCUUUGUGGCUGCACCCGAUUCUCGAUGCCGCGAGCUCGUCUAGUGCCCGUCUGCGGGGUCGGUGCCAUGCGGUGCUACCAGAUGGCCGAGUACAGCCUGCUCCAGAUGGAUGGCUGCCACUGUAUGCCGGCUUGCAGCACACUGCAGUACGACGCGGAGAUCUCGCAAGCGGACUUUGACUGGCAUCACAUGAAGCAGUUCAAGCUGGAUCAUAAGGAGAGAAUCCACCUCUCCUACUUGAUCGUGUACUUCAAAGAACCGAAAUUCAUAGCGAUCAAGCGAAGCGAACUGUACGGCGAUACGGAGUUUUUGGCAAACUGCGGAGGUCUUCUCGGAUUGUUUCUAGGUGUAAGUCUGCUCAGCUUUGCUGAGAUUCUGUACUACUGUACGCUCAAGCCGUUCGUAUUGUGGUGGAAUUGGCGUCGAUUGAGGUCGAUAGAGGGUACGGAUUGA